CAUCUUGCCCUAACAAUAGGCUGAAAGCAGAUAAUUAAUGGGACAAAGUCAGUCAUCUUCAACAUCUUUUCGUGUGUUUUUAUCAUACCCAGCAUGCCUCUCGGUGCGCUCUCCCUCUCCGUCCUCUUUCUCCUUGUUGCCGGGUCAACAGUGGUGUGCGUCUCCAUGACAACGCCGCUCCACAGCUUCCGAGGCUGCGCAGUGCGCGAGUUCUCCUUCGUGGCCAAGAAGCCUGGCUGCCAGGGGCUACACGUCACCACAGAGGCCUGCUGGGGGCGCUGUCACACCUGGGAGAGACCCACCCUCGAGCCCCCGUACAUCCACCGACACCACCGCGUCUGCACGUACAGUCGCAUCCGACACAUGACGGCGCGGCUGCCGGGCUGCCUGCCCAACGUCUCGCCUCUCUACCACUAUCCGAUGGCCCUGCAGUGCCACUGCACCUUCUGCUCCAUGGAGGACACCGAGUGCCAGACCUUCUGAUAGAGGACACCUUCUCAUCAUUAAACAAGAUUUCUGUGGAAAAGAGCUGAAUAAAAAAAACGAUGAAGUAAUAAAAACCUGUACUCA